AUGAGCUCCACCCAGACUGUUCUCAUCACAGGAUGCAGCGAUGGCGGCAUCGGGUCAGCAUUAGCACUUAUCUUCCAACAACGCGGGUUCCACGUGUUUGCUACGGCACGCGAUGUUUCCAAGAUGUCUAAGCUCAAUUGUCUGUCCAACGUCACGUUGCUUACCCUUGAUGUUGUCAAGUCAGACCACAUGAAGGUGGUUGUCGAAACAGGGCCAAUCGCUCUCACUCAAGCUUUUGCACCUUUGCUCAUCAAAGCCGGAGGAACUUAUGCGGCAUCUAAGAAGUCAAUCGAGAUUGUGGCUGACACUCUCCGACUCGAGCUGGCUCCCUUCGGGGUCAGCGUGCUCAAAGUUGUCACAGGAGGAGUGAAAUCCUUGGGGCAGACAUAUAUUGAGGAUUUUGCAUUUUCGGCUCAGUCGCUUUAUAAGGAGAUUGAAUAUGCGAUUGCUAGCAGGGCACAGGGCAAUGGUGGCAUGCCCAGAAUGGACACUAUGGAAUAUGCUCUAGCAGUCGCAGAUGAGAUCACGAAACGAACUUCCGGCCGAUUUUGGUUCGGCAGUUAUGCUGACAGGGUUCAAUUGAGCACUACAUCCACGGCAGUACCGCAGUCAGCCAUGGAUGCUGGAGCUGUCGUGGGUAGUGGACUCGAGAAAUUGGCGAAAUGA